CUGUGAUUCCGUCAGAGCUCUUCUCGGCUGAAUGCAACGUCCGUUAGUAGAACGUCCUUAGUGUCGGCGAUGCACAUCGAUAACGUUGGCGCACUGCUAGUACUGACCGCUAGAGCACUGACCGGUGAUCAUCCAAAUAUAUUCGUGCAGGAACAGAUGGGCCAACGUGGCAUACAUCAGUAAUCUCCUUGACAUAACUGUGAAGCAACACGGCAUUCGAUCCGGUUUGACGCGUUCAGCAUUUUUAUUGACUUAGCGAUGGGAUUCUACGCCUUGCCGGGCGUCGUCUACGCUGGGGCUCUUCCUUCCAGUCGUACUAGCCGACUCCAAGCGAUGAGAACGAACGAAGCCCGUAUGGCAUCUGGAAUGGGCCGCAUUUCUGGUCGCCGCCGGGGUUGUAUAUGAUGUCUGAACUCAUUUGCUUCGAGACGCUCUCGACUCUGGACUCCCAAUCCACCCCGGUCUUUCACAUGUGCACUCACCCCGUCCUUCGCAACAACACAUAAAGCAUCUCCAGUUCUGCUCUCCGUCUUUCGCCGCAGCCCAUGAUGUCUGCUAUACCCUCCCCGGCUGCCCUCUCCCUCGACUUCAUCGUUGUUGGCGGAGGUGUUGGCGGCCUUGCCGUCGCCUACGUGCUCAGCAAAGCAGGACAGCGGGUCAGAGUCCUUGAAAAGAAUGGCAUGGAUCUGCCAAGCGGCGGGCACCGCGUGCCUCCCAAUUUUAGCAAAAUCCUCCGACAGUGGAUCGGCGAGGAGGAGCUCAGGAAGCUAUCCGUGCGGUGUGUUGGCUCGCCAUCAUUCAACUUACGAACUGGGGAGGUUGUGGGAUAUUUAGAGUGGAAACCUGCCGUACUCGCCGAGACCGGUGGCGACUUCCUCCUAAUGCAUCACAAGGACCUUGUGAGGACACUCCACAAGCUUGCAACAGAUGCAGGCGCCACUAUCGACUACAACACCGAGGUGACCUCCGUGCGUCAGGGGACGGAAGAGGACGCUAAACCCACUGUGACUCUUGCAAGUGGGGAGGUCAUUACAGCCGACAUCCUGGUGGGUGCCGAUGGGUGCAGAAGCCUGGUGCGACAGGUGGUUUCAGAGGAGGAGGACUGCGCGGAGCCUGGUGGCAUGACGCUUUAUACCGGGGUCGUCGAUGCUGAAGAUAUGCUGGAUGACCCCGACCUCGCGCCAUUCAUACUAUCUGAUGAGUGGGCAAUCGGUAUGGCACCCGGUCGCAGCAUGGCCGGACACCCCGUGGCGGCGAAGAAACAGUAUGCAUACCAUAUCUAUUCUUGGAACAACUUGUACGGGCUUCCCCAGGGCGGCGAGGAAACUUGGGACGAAAUCUAUUCCACAGCGAAUCUUGACACCAACGCUUAUGGCUUGGCAGUUCAGAAGGCGCUCAAGCUGACGACCAAUCUCAUCCGUACCCAGUGGAAGACUCGCGACAAAGUAGACGAAUGGAUCGACUCUACUGGCCGAAUUGUUCUUCUCGGCGACGCCGCGCACCCGUCCUUCCCUGGCGGCACACACGGGACUAGCAUGGCAGUCGAGGAUGCAGUCGUGCUUGGUUCACUGUUCUCCCAUCUGAACAUGAUCGACCAGGUCCCUUCCUUCCUCAGUGCGUACCAAGAGCUUCGUCAGCGACGAUGCGAGCUCGUUAAUGCCGCGGAUGUCGGAAACGCGCGGAUGGUGGCACUCCCCGACGGCCCCUUGGCGGACAAGCGCAACGCCGACAUGCGCGCAAAAAAUGACGAUUGGGACGAGGGCACGCUCAAGGCCCAAUUCGAGGAAAUCGCCGAAAUAUUCGCAUACGACGCCGGAGAUGCGGCGGAGGAGUGGUGGGUGAACUGGGGUCGGUUCAGCGCCGCGGCACGCGAGCAGCCAAGCAUGACGGACUUCUUCUCGGGGAUCACCAUGCACCAUUCCUGAAAAGCGUAUAUUGCGCCGCGCGGCGUCAUUACAAGAAUGGCUCUCGUACUAGCUGAUGGGUGGCCGUCACCUAUGUGUCUGUCGAGUCUUGGCCCCACCCUUCCAUUCGCAGAAGCGCAUCGUCGGGAUGCGGACCUCGACUCAUUGCCUUCGUCCAGCUCUCAUCCCUCACGAAGUGAGAUAUCAUCGUCUAAUCACUGCCAUACAUACACCGCUCGUCUCAGAUUCCACUCCCUCAGUUUGUCGUCCGCCUUGCUAUGCUCAUGCUUCGUCACGCAAGAUCCUUUUACGUCUUAAUGCUCACGUCUUC